GAGCACAGAGAGCGCUCUUCAACACUACGAACGCCACAUUGGCAUCGUGUGUUGCCCCCGGAGUUCAAUAGAUGACGGUGUAAGUAGGAAAUUGUCAUGUCGUACUACACGAUGCUGGGUAAGUCUUGUGAAAGUCUUUUAUGGAGACAUCGACCCUUUCAUCUUAUUUACGCAUGUUACCAUAAACAGAUUUUUGAAAUGUGUGGAUGUUAUGUUUAAAUUUUAAUCCUGACAAUAUAAUUUUCAUUAUUUCCUUUUGCUCGCAACGAUGAAAAGUCUCCAAAUAUAAAUAAAAAGAAGAAAGCUAUACCUAAGUGAAUGGCAUGCAUGAAAUAUCACAAUGGCAUGCAUGAAAUAUCACAAUGACAGGCUUGAAAUAUCACAAUAACAGGCUUGAAAUAUCACAAUGACAGGCUUGAAAUAUCACAAUGGCAUGCAUGAAAUAUCACAAUGACAGGCUUGAAAUAUCACAAUGGCAGGCUUGAAAUAUCACAAUGGCAGGCAUAAAAUAUCAUAAUGACAGGCUUGACAUAUCCCAAUGACAGGCUUGAAAUAUCACAAUGACAGGCUUGAAAUAUCACAAUGACAAGCUUGAAAUAUCACAAUGAUAGGUUUGAAAUAUCACAAUGACAGGCUUGAAAUAUCACAAUGACAAGCUUGAAAUAUCACAAUGAUAGGUUUGAAAUAUCACAAUGACAGGCUUGAAAUAUCACAAUGAUAGGUUUGAAAUAUCACAAUGACAGGCUUGAAAUAUCACAAUGACAAGCUUGAAAUAUCACAAUGAUAGGUUUGAAAUAUCACAAUGAGAAGCUUGAAAUAUCACAAUGAUAGGUUUGAAAUAUCACAAUGACAGGCUUGAAAUAUCACAAUGAUAGGUUUGAAAUAUCACAAUGGCAUGCAUGAAAUAUCACAAUUAGUUUGAUUUCCUCCCAUGACUAUAGUCUCCAUUUCAAAAGUCCCCAAAAAUCAAACUGACGAAAGAAAAUGGUUUAGGGUUUGGACCAACGUAAGACAUACUCGACCAACGUAAGACAUACUCGACCAACGUAAGACAUACUCGACCAACGGAUGUAUCGACUGACCGUUCAAAGAAAACUGUUGAAUAUUUCAGUAUACAUGCUGUCGGUGACGUCGCUAAGACUUAGGGCAAGCAACACUGGAGUGUCCUACAAAUUUGUGAAAAUAAAACCCAACAACACCGGACCUGAACGCUUGUCGCCAGGUUGGGUGGACAGGUCAAGGUCACACUGCGCAGCCAACUGUCGGAUAAGGUACUUGGUUGAAAAUUUGAAACACAAACGUAAUAAUCUAUUUGUGAUCUCUAACGAGAGAGAAUGGAAAAACUCGAAAGGAAAAAAAAGAGAGAGGGGGCUGAGAGGGGGGGGGGUCAGAUUUAAGGGUCAUAGAUGUAAACACGAACAAAUAACAUGGCCUUUCUCAUUAAGGAAUGAGCCGUCAUACAUCACCUCAGAAAUUCAACCCCUUUCUAAACAUACAGAAAUUGGACGGAAUUUUACACCAAAUUUUGUGCUAAAACUUUAUUCUUGGAUAAUAAGUAUUUAUUGAUUGGUUGAAGUUAGGCGGUGUGAAUUGCUUCGGUGCAUUGGGAAAUUUAAGUAUUUAUUGUGUAACCAGAUUGGGUUUCAUAUCUUUAUACUUUAAUCACCACGUACUUGUCUCGUUUUAUAUUUAAGGUUUUCAUCGGAGUGUCGAAGUUUCAUGUACAAUAACGUGACAAGACUGUGUACACCCGCAAAUGACUUGGUUCCCGGCCGUCCCGGACCAACUGUCACGGAAGGAGAUCUGUAUUUGUGUGACAACUGUCAGCCAUAUCCUAAAUUCGUGUAAGUGGCACUUUAAGUUUGACGGACGUUUGAUAGACCAGGUUUCAACCACACCGAUCAUUUGAAGUAGAUAUGCUCAUUACGCUUAUCACGUUGGGUGUCUGUCGCCUUUAACUUCACAGACUCUUGUCUUUCUGUAUCUUGACCGCAGUCUUUAACACGUUGGGUGUCGCCUUUAACUUCACAGACUCUUGUCUUUCUGUAUCUUGACCGUAGUCUUUAACACGUUGGGUGUCGCCCUUAACUUCACAGACUCUUGUCUUUCUGUAUCUUGACCGUAGUCUUUAAUACGUUGGGUGUCGCCUUUAACUUCACAGACUCUUGUCUUUCCGUAUCUUGACCGUAGUCUUUAACACGUUGGGUGUCACCCUUAACUUCACAGACUCUUGUCUUUCCGUAUCUUGACCGUAGUCUUUAACACGUUGGGUGUCACCCUUAACUUCACAGACUCUUGUCUUUCUGUAUCUUGACCGCAGUCUUUAACACGUUGGGUGUCGCCUUUAACUUCACAGACUCUUGUCUUUCCGUAUCUUGACCGUAGUCUGACUGCGUCUUGCCAGUUACCUCACAAUUUCAUGACCGUUGAUUUGUCCGUUUUUCAAUGAUGGUUUUCCGUCUGUAUCGUGAUAAUAGCUACAAACCAGGGAUGCUUUUAUUUAUGUUUAUUGAAAGAUAAUUUUUUUAAAAAUGUGUGUUUAUGGAUGGGGGCUGCCAAUUCUGAAAUUUGCCCCUGGUAUCACCAAAUGCGCCACAGCUUGCGAGGGCGUAUUUUAGAUAUUUAAAUGGAAAUUCGUAUCUAAAAUUAAAACGAAUAAAUCCAUGUAAUGAACACAUUUCAGGGGCAGGAAAGACGUGCUUACAUUUUUAUUUGGACGAGUAUAUGUUUUAAAGUCCGAUAAUAUUACUGUAAUAAAAAGAGUUUUAAGAUUUUCUUUUAAAAUAAAUAAAUAUGAGAUAUACCAAUGUUGGAAAUUACAGUACAAGGGUGUUGAAACACUAUGUGGGAAAAUUUGCAUAACUAUACCAUUACUCAAAACUCAAUGAAAUUGGAGAAUUUAAAAUAAAAAGUCCAUUCGUUUUUUUUUUUUUAAACUAACGAAAUCGAGAUGUUUCCACUUUUCCAAAUAUACAUUUUAGGGAUGAGGAUACGGUGGGGACACAUUUAUCAGGAUACCAAUAUGUUUACAUUAAAAACAUAUAUUGUAAACAUUUCGUGAAAAUACACUGAAAGAAAGAGAAUGGAAUUUUUUUUAUAUAAUUAUGGGUUAAACUAUCUUAGAAUCCAAUCAUUUUACAUAUUUUAACAAUUAAUCUUUAAAAAAUGUAACCAUAUAUUUUUUUUUCCUUGUUCACACAACAUUUCAGUUCAGCUGCAUCAACUACGAUGGCUUGAUUUUUUAUUUUUUUUUAAUAUGAAAAAAUAUUUAUUUCUCCAUUUUUCGAAAAUGACAGUUCAUGAAAAAGAUGGGGGUCGAUUUUUUUAAUGAAGAUAUCAAUAAAUCCAACUUCUUAAAUUUUACAGUUGUUUAAAAUGGUAUAUAGAUUUUUUAAGCUAAGGAAUUGCUUAAACCAUUUUUAUAAAAUUAAUUUUUUACUUUGUAGUUCAGGGGCGUGAAAUCGGAUCCCGUAAGGUUGCACUAUUUAAUGGGGAAACAUGUAUCCGAACUGAAUGCUUUCCUAACGUCACAAUGUGAAAAAAAAAUCUUCUAUAUAAAUAAGUAAAUAAAUAAGUCUAAUUUACUAUUUCCUAAAUAGACAUUUCAAAGGCGUGGAAUCUUGUCGUACUUUGUUGGUUGGUUGGUUGUUGUUUUUUUUUUUUUUUUUUGAUUGAGGAUACAAAACAUAAAAAUAAAUAAGUAAAUAAAUAAGUCUAAUUUACUAUUUCCUAAAUAGACAUUUCAAAGGCGUGGAAUCUUGUCGUACUUUGUUGGUUGGUUGGUUGUUGUUUUUUUUUUUUUUUUUUUGAUUGAGGAUACAAAACAUCAAAAUCCGAUGCAGUUCUAUACGUAACAAUGUGAUUGUUAAAUAUGAAGAAUUCGCAAUAGCAUGUAGAAAGUAGCGCGAUAUGCUUUUCAUUACUACCCGAGUAAUACCGGGUCAUAUCUUCUAGUUUUUACGUAGUUUAUUUAUUUAUUUUAUUUGUUUCAUACCAAUAUUAUUUCUGCUGAUGAAUUUUUUUUUAAAUGAUUUAGCUAAACAUACAUUUUUAAAAAAAUUUAUUCAUGUUCGUAUGACUAAAUUUACUUCAUCACUAAAAAGAAUAACUUUUUUUUUUUAAAUUACUCUGAAACUACAUCCUUCGCAGGAAUCACUUCUCCCACUAGUCCCACUUAAAUUUCCUAAUGCACCGAAACAACCCACAUCAGUAUAUGUAAUGUUUUACUUGAACCUUUUGGAGCUAACGUUGGUGUCGUGUCCAUUAAAUUAUUUUUUUCUCCGUCCCUUUUAGAGGCUAUGAGAACGGAAGCACCAAAGUGGCCUAUAUGUAUGACGACGACUUUUUAACAUACGCCGACGCCACCACGGCCUGCAACAGAACAAACUCACAUCUCUUCGUCCCAGACACCCUGGAGAAAGUCCGGCUUUUUUACACCAUUAUUGAUGCAAGCUAUUAUACAUGGAUUGGUCUGGACGACAGAAAUGCGGAAGGGAAGUUCGUCUGGGCAAACACUGGCUUUGAAAUUGUUCCCCGUUUAAAAAAUUUGACUUUUGCAUCCGGGCAACCGGACAAUAAUCUAGACAGCGAGGACUGCGUCCAUCACCAGCCAGGUGCGACUGGAUUCAAUGACGGCAACUGCAGCGCCGUGAUGCGGUUCGUCUGUGAGAAAUGAGACGAUUAAACUUAAACUUGAUUUGUAAGGUUACAUCUUAAUGAAUACUAGAAUGUGAAGGGACGUGACAUGUGUGUGUGCGUGUGUGUGCGUGUGUGUGUGUCUGUCUGUGUUUCUGUGUGUGUGUGUGUGUGUUUGUGUGUGUGCGUGCGUAUCUGUCUGUGUGUCUGCCUGUGUGUCUGUCUGUGUAUCUGUCUAUGUGUCUGUCUAUGUGUCUGUUGGUCUGUCUGUCUGUCUGCCUGUGUCUGUGUUUGUGUGUGUGUCCGUUCGUCCGUCCGUCUUUGUGUCCUUGUGGCUAUCUUGGUCAUGGAUUAUUCAUCAAUUUGCUCCCUAGUUUCAAGAACUUGAAAACCCAUAGGCAAACUUUUUAUUGUUUGAAUAGACGGUGUUGUUGUUUUUUUUCUUGACAAAACUUCAACUGCGAGCCGCUUGUCCAUUAGAAAUAAGUAAAACUGUCAAGAGCCGCGCCUUCUCCUCCAAGGAACCACAUACGGCUCCGGAGCAGUGGGUUCCGGACCACCAAAGUUGAACAGUUUAAGCCUUGAAACAGAAGGAUAUCAUUGUACGCACUUUUCCGUCGUGAGUAUCAUUGGUGAGUAUCAUUGGUGAGUUUCAUUGAUUGGUUUGGUGUGUAACAUUUCAAGGAGAGACGUUUAAGAGACACACAAAAUGAAAACAUGUAAUAAUUAUUUUAUUUCCUCCACAUUUGAUUGUAAGACGUUUCACUCA